CACAUAGACGGAGAAACUUAGCGUGCACGUUUCUGGGAGGCCUAUAGAAGGUGUUAAGGACCACUCUCCCCAGUCCUCUCUUCUUUGAUACUCGACUGGGGAUCUCAGAAAAUCUCCCAUUGAUGGGAGAUCAAAAUAAUUCGCAAACGACGCCGUUUCAGCUACCGCCUGGUUGCAGAUUCCAUCCUUCUGAAGAACAGCUCAUCCGCUACUACCUCACCGGCAAGAACACCACCGGCGCUCUCUCUUCUUCCGAUCACAAUGUCUUUGGUUUCAAUGCGAUCGGAGAGCUUGAUUUGUACGGUUACGAGCCUUUCAAUUUGCCUGAUACAGCGUGCUUUGGGUUCGGCCAUGGAGGAAGGAGGAGGCAUUGGUAUUGUUACACGGCUAGGGUUUUGAAGGAGAAAGGAAGGAGGAAGGCUGGGGGUGGGUUUUGGAAGAGGACGGGUAGGGUUAGGGAUGUGGUGGUUGGGAAAGACAAGGUUACGCUGGGGAGGAGGACGACUUUCGCCUUUUAUUUGGGCAAUUCAUCGAAAAGCGCGGUGAGGACCGAUUGGGUCAUGUUUGAAUAUGCCCUAGUCGAUCACCUCAAGGCUUCUUUUGUCCUAUGCCGAGUAUUUGUCAAAUCUCCAAGUGGAAACAAUGCAUCAGACCAUGUUAUAAGUUCUUGUGGUGAAGAAAGUGUUUCAGCAGUACGUCAUGUUGGUAUUCAGCAUGAUGGAACCGCAACAUCUGACAUUGUUGAAGCUAACGUGCAUGGUGACAACUCUGUUGACACAAAAAAUGAGAUCCCUAAGAUUUCAGCAAGAUUGCUUAGUGAGCUAGAUGAUCAAGUUAUGACUCACCGGGGGUUUGUUGCCGACUUUAACUUUCCCUUGGGUAUUCAGGCACAUAAUCCUGUAAGACUUCUUCAGCAUUUUCUCUUGUUAUAUCUAGACUCAAAUAGUAUCUUGUUCAUUAUCAUGCUCCAGGUAUUACAUUCUUUGAUGAAACUUCAAUACCAUAAUAUAUAUUUAUGUUGCACAUGCCAUUCACCAUACUCAUUUUAUACCAAAUUUUAAUAUUUUUGAUAGGUAAACAUUUUUUUGUUUUUAAUUUUUGUCCUCACUGGGAGUUAAACUGGAAUCUCCCCAGCCACACUUCAACUCCUUACCACUGGAGCCAGUCCUCAAGGGCUUGUUAUACCUAUUGUUUUGUACUUCAGAAUGUUGUUUUUCACAAUGUAAGCAAGUUCAUGAUGUAAUUUUUUUUUUUUUUUUGCUGUCACCAAUUACAAACUGCCAUAUAUGCAAAAGUUCACUUUUUUUUUUUCAAGACUUGAAUUAUGUAUAUGGAAACUAAAAAAUCGUAUAUCAAUGUAAUAUGUAGUCUUUUGCAAUGCAAUUUGUAUGAAGUUACAACUUGCUGUCCUCAUGAAUGUUUUCUUAUCAUUGCACAGAUUUGGCUGAUGUUUGAACUAUGAUUGACUGCAGUGGCAAAAUUUGCAGUCAAUGGUAGGAAGAAUUCACAUAUAUCCACAAAAAAAUUUCAAAUCUCAAAUGUUCAUAUUAAGUUAUUAACCUGAAACUGCUAUUGUGGAUGUUCCAACCCUUUUGAAAUUGGGAUUGGACUUCAUAAUUCUUUUCUUGUACUCCCUUUUAGUUCCCUGCAAAGUAGUUUUCUCUGCUCAUUAUUUGAAUUCUGUAACUUUUUCUUUAAUAUUCACUCUGAUUAACAUCCAUAUUUUAGUGGCAGAACUGAAAUUUCUAUUGCCUGAUUCUGCAAAUGAAUUUUUUAACUGAGCGUGCAUGUAUUAUGUAUAUUUAUCCAGUUCCCAUGGCCGUAUAUUCUGUUCUCUUCAUACUAAUUCUUUGUCUUCCUUUUUCAUAUUAGCAACAUUCCUCAAUGUGUCAUGAAUGGUGGGUGGUGUGCAGGUGAUGUCAACCAGUGGUAGCACAAGGUUUGUAGAUGGUACGACUCAAGGGUUAAUGUCCAUUCUAGAGGAAGAUUUCAUAGAGUUGGAUGAUCUUGUUUACCCACUUUUGGGCAUUGAUCAGUCACGAUAGACAUUGAAAUGAUUGGUUAGACAUUAAAGCAUUUGGUUCAAGAGAACGGGGUUAAAAAAUUUUGAUGCUUGGAUUAAAUUAUUGCCUUAAAAUUGAUUGGCCGUGGGGUUUAGAUAAUCCCCACAAGAAAAAGGAAGGGAUUUAAAUAUUGAAAGUGCUUUAGAUAGCAUCAAAUGAAGACAUAUGCUGUUGUUUGUUGUGAAGUUGAGACACCCGGCAAAAGAAGAAGGCUGUGAAGUUAAAAGAUAAGUCAUGGCAGACUGGCUUUGCCUGUCAAGGUUUGAUAGGCAUUUUUCUCCGGAGGAACACAGGAGAUUGAUAUAUUUUACGAAGCCAAUCAAUCAGUAUCUGCUGCUUCACCUGGCUUGGGUUGAAGGAGAUUUUUCUUUAUCACUGUUCUCAUGUAAAUUACCCCUGCCUUUUAGCAAGACUAUUGCUUUUAGCUUGAUCUAAUUUCCUUUACCAAAUUUUCUUGUUAAGGUAGAUAAAACUAUUAAAAGCUAUGGAUUGCAAUGGAGUAUGAUAGUAAUUGUGGGUUGAGACUA